CUUGGCCAACCCUCCACCAUUGUCCAGUAGACUUGGUCUCCUCCGUUUUCCACAGUAUAGAGACAUCUCAUCAAACCAACUAAAUCAAAGCCUGACGGAGCAAGAGCUUAGCGCAAGUACACGCAGUCAACCUACAACAGUCGAAACACUUGGACCACUCACACCCGACACCACUGCAACUAUCGCGCAAUCAUCUGUCCUGAAAAAGGUUUAACCGUCGAUUUCCCGGACACAUCAGGACACAAAGCCAGCACCGUAAACACCGGUUCCUGUCGAGCAGCAACAGAUCUCUCCCCCUCUUCAGCAUCCAUACAAGAAAGACCCUUACAACAUCCAUACAAGUAUUCACAAGGAGCCGAUCUUCUCCUCUUCCUCUCUUCCUCUCUUCGGCCCUCCCGCCUGUCCCAACUGAGCUGAGAGUAGCCUGCUCCUCUGGCCAAACAAGCAGACCAACGUCAGCCCUGAACCCCCCCCCCGUCUUCUGUCUUUUCUCUUCUACACAGUAGCGAGUAGAAAAGCACAGCGGACGACAAGACCGCCCUGGCUCGCCUGCAUCAUUGGGUGAACCCUGUCUCCUCAACGUCCCUGCUAGGGCCCCUUGGACCGGGAGAUUCCACCGUCGAUCAAUCUCGCCCCGAGGUCGUCACAGAAUAUACCUAGUUCGAAGCCGACUCCACUUGUCCCGCUGACCAAGGAGACAAUACCGUUCAGUCGAUUUUGGGUUCGCUGCUCUGAAGUGGACGCAUACCCGAUUGGCCCUAGCCUGCAGUUUGGUACUCCCCAUUGUUCCCAGGGCUGCUCGCAUGCCAUCUGAGCUUCUCAGACCCCCAAGAACACUUAAGGUCGCUGAUCCCUCCUUGUCAACUCGUGGUUUGAUCUUCUCUUGACAUUCGACCCGACUAAAAGGAUCCCGCGUUUGAUCAGCAACUACUACAUACAUACAUACAUACUUACUUACUUACUUACUUACAUACCUACCUACCACUGUCGACAAACACCUUUAACUCCUCUCUUUCCCAAGUUCACCAGUUCACCUCACAAACAAGACUGGGAAGGACACCGCACUCGUUGCACACACAAAACCCCAAUGAUGAUGACCUUAGACGCCAACCAGCACCGUUUUGCACCGCUAAACUACGACCACAUGUCUUAUCAAUCGAGCCAGCCACACUUCACCAACCCUUGGGGUUCGUCCUCGGGUCCUGGAGGGCCGCCUCCUCCUCCUCCUCCUCAGCAGCCCGCUCCCCAGAACAUGUACAUCAACAACCGUGACAGCGCCGGCCUGCCGCAUCUUAACCUCGCUGCACUCCCCAAGCGUCAGCACGACGUCAGGAACGGAAGUGUGUGGCCUCAUCAACCUGCUGCUCCCGGCCCCGUCACAACUGCGCCAGCAGGUAGCGCUCCCAUGGCGGAUGUCUACAGGCAGCAGGACUUACUCUCUAUGCCACAAGAUCAUCUCCUAGGUCUCAACCGCAUGCCUCACCCAGCCACCUCGACAGCAUAUGAUACCUCCGCCUACACCACCUCUGCUUCCCCCGUUAGCACCAACUAUCCUCCUUCGACAUCACAGUAUGAGCUCGGUUACCCACCCGCCACCAUGAGGGGGGCCUUUGGCAUGGCUCCUGAUGACACUGCGAGGAGGUAUUCACAGCAGGGAAUUCAACCUGAUGACCGGAGAAGCUUUCAAGAUGCGCUUGAAGCUAGCCAAGGCAUGCUUACCAUGAGCCAAGAGACACCAAGGAAUAUCUACGAUGUGCGAAACCGUGCUAGGGGUUCUACAGACUCGUACGGCUUCCCUCAGACGCACUCCACGGGCUCUAGCGUUUCUUCUGCGAGCUUUGGAGGGUACUAUGGCGGUUCAGUCGAUGGGUCGAUCAGCGAUUAUUCGACCGCAGGCUCUGACAUUGAGUCGCUCUCUGGCCGGUCACUUCCUCGCCCUCAAGGCUUGAUGUCGAGCCAGCCCCCGGCACCACAGUCUAUGAUGGGCUCCUUCAGCUCCAAGGUCUCAACAAGUACCUCGAAGAAGCACAAGUGCAAGGUUUGCGACAAGCGCUUCACACGGCCUAGCUCGCUCCAGACCCACAUGUAUAGCCAUACCGGUGAAAAGCCCUUCCACUGCGAAGUUGAGGGAUGCGGUCGCCAAUUCUCAGUUGUGUCUAACCUCAGGAGACACAAGAAGGUCCACAAGCCCCAGAGCGAGACGCCAUCUGAGACUGGUUCCGAAGCGGGCCAACACUCGGAAUAAACUAACCAGUGCAUCUCGCUAAAGUCUUCUUUUUCAACAUUAUGCCCCUCGAUAGACUACACACUUUAAUUGUCAACAUUCACUACAUGUAACACUAUCGGCACUGGAACCCCCCAGCAUAUUACACCACGGUCUAUAUCGAUCCCGGGAAAAAAAAGGAUUCGAAAUCGACAUAAACAAAUGCGACUCGCUACCGCCUACCAAGUACACGAAUGGAGUCGGCGGUACCCGCUCUGCAUCUCAUAGACUUACGUUUUGGCAAGGAGGGACAGCAGGCGAUCCCUCCAUCAUUCCCUGCUGUCGGUCAUUGGCAGCAGAGGCGCUCGGCGUUGGAGUUCAGGUAGACGAGACUUGUCGAUCACAACGACCAAGCUGUCCCGCAUGGGUCGCCAACCGCGGGGAGCUGGCCAACAUCUUUUAAUCGUUUCGUUUUCCUUUUGGGUUCAUUUGAUUGAUUACGUGGGGAAGGAACGGGGAAGAUACCAAGGGAGUCAUCAUCCAAGGGAGAUUGCGAAAGGAAGGGCGCCUUUGCACAGGGACCACAAAUCUCAUGAACCGGCGUCUCGGUGGGCUUGUUUUUCAGAUCAUUGUUUUGCUGCAUCUGGGAAUGUUUUUUCUCUACUGUCGUUUAAGAGAUACACUCACACAGGUUUGGUUGGAAUUGGUUAUAGGUUUCGGUUGGUCAAUCAGGGGUUUUUCCAUUAUCAUCAUACUAUCAUCAUUUGAUCAUGGCAAGGAGAAGAAUACCUAGCUUUUGACAUAUUUGAUGGGCCCAUCGGAAGGAAGGAAGGGGGAAACAGGCUCGGCAGAUACCACUAUAUGGCGACGACUCCAAAAGGAUGUUACAAAGAGCGGAGGAACAUCUAUGUAUCAUCUGAGCUUAAGCACAUUGCGAAACCUAAUUAUGUACUACUAUAACUAUCAAACUUGUCACUAUCAAGCACUGCAAUGUUCCAGAAAUUCACUCAAUUGCGAAACCGAA